GACGCGCAUUGAAAAGAGCUGCGCCGCGCUGAAACAGGGCGGUACGCGUCAAUCUGCACCUUUACAAGUUAAAAAAAGGAAAAUUAGCCCUCAGUCUGUCAGGCUAUGCUGACACAACACAUUUGGUCUCUGGAAUUUUCAAGGAGGACAUCUCUUUUGUUCUUUUUUUAUCCGUGUAGGACGUGGCGCUCGCAUUGAAGUUUAAACAGACCUGCUUUUUAGUUUUUUAAGCGCAAAAAACGACAAACUGCAACCUGGACGUCUUAUGUGAAACAGGAAUGGUUUAUCCUUCCGAAGGUUUAUUCUACAUCGAAAUGGAUCAAGCGCCACCAGCUCUUCCUCCCAGAUCAAGUAAACCAGUAAUGUCUGGUAUGAACAACAACUGCCUUUCUCUACCUGUGCACUCGCUGCUGGAUGCUGAGUGGUACUGGGGAGACAUAACUAGAGACGAGGUGAAUGAGAAGCUUCGGGACACACCUGACGGCUCUUUUUUGGUGCGUGACGCAUCCACAAAGCUGCAAGGGGACUUUACACUGACAUUAAGGAAAGAUGGACACAACAAGCUGAUUAAAAUUUAUCACUGUGACGGCAAGUACGGCUUCUCGGAUCCGCUAACCUUCACUUCGGUGGUAGAGCUAAUUUGGUACUAUCAGCACCACUCUUUGGUUGAGUACAAUGCCACCCUGGACUUGAUGCUCACCAACCCUGUGUCCCGUUUCCAGCAGGUGAAGGAGGACAAUGUGGAUGUUGCUGGUAGAAAGCUCAAGGAGCUUCACAAUCAGUACCAAGUGAAAUCAAAGGAGUUCGACCAGCUUUAUGAAGCCUUUACAAAGACUUCACAGGAGAUCCAGAUGAAGCGCACUGCAAUAGAGGCCUUUAAUGAAACAAUGAUGAUCUUUGAGGAGCAGUGUCGUGAGCAGGAGCGCUACGGAGAGGAGAUAGAGAGGAACUCAGAAGGCACUGACAAUGAUUUGGAGAGCUUCCUUAUAAACUACGAGAAGCUGAAAUGUCGCCUCGGGGAGAUUUAUGACAGUAAAAUCCACCUUGAAGAAGACUUGAGAAUACAAGUGGAGGACUAUAGAGAUACAGACAGGAAGAUCAACAGCCUGCGGCCAGACCUCAUCCAACUGCGCAACAUCAGAGACCAAUACCUUAACUGGCUUAAUCACAAAGGCGUGCGGCAGAAACGCAUCAAUGACUGGUUGGGGAUACACAACGACAGCUUUGAUGAUACGUACGUGCUGAAAGGAGAUGAGAAGAACCUGCCACAUAAUGAUGAAGCAAGCUGGUUUGUUGGCGAGUUGAGUCGGACGCAGGCUGAGGAGAUGCUUCAAGACAAAGCUGCAGGAACAUUCCUGAUCCGCGAGAGCAGCAAGCAGGGAUGUUACGCCUGCUCUGUUGUCGUGAACCAAGAGGUGAAGCACUGCAAGAUCUACAGCACGCCGCACGGAUAUGGCUUCGCAGAACCCUACGACAUCCAUUGCUCGCUCAAAGACCUCGUCCUGCACUAUCGCCUGCACUCCUUAGCGCAACACAACGAUGCUCUGGAUGUCCGGCUGUCGCACCCAGUGAACGCCAAAGACGCAACAGCCGCUGCUUCUCAACAAACAGAGGAAAAUAAACUUUUACAGACUCCAAAACACACGUCGGGACUCCCUCCCGCCGCUCCAGAGAUGUGAUCCGGCAGACGAAAGUGGACUGUAUCCUGCGAGAACAACUGCGUCAGAGGGGAAAAUGUGUUAAGUUUUGCACUACAGUGAUUCCAUCAGGAUUUGUGAAUGGAAUUUUUCAGAGUGAAGUGGGGCCGGAACUUGAAUGUCAGCUUGACUGUUCAAGCUUUUCCAACCAAUUUUAUACUUCAUUUAUUGCUGUUCAUUCAAAAGGACUCUUUCUCCGGCGGGGGAUGUUGCUGGCCUGAAAGAUGUUUUCUCUGGCUCCGGGUUGUUGCACUUCCAGACUGUUGGAGAUAUCCAUUUCCCAAAUGUAUCCAGUUGAGAAAAUCCAACCAAUAUGUUUAAUAUAUUGGGUUGUUAUUACAAAGUGCUUUCGUGAAUAAAUGGGGGAAAAUGGGUGCUAUUAACAGGCAGAUCGCAUCCUAAACCGUUUUGGGUUCAAAUUGCCACAUGUGAAUAUAUAAAAUUGUGAUGCAUCUUAACUGUUUGCCCCCUUUCUUAAGAGACAUUCAUAUACAGUGGAUAAUUAUGUAGCAUUAACAUACUUUAGAAAAUGAUAGUAAAAGCAUACUCAAUGUUAUUCCCAUUGACCAAAGCACUUGAUAGUGAGCAAAACUACAUCCCUGUUUAGUGUGGUCAUUGCAUUUGGGCAAAGGUAGGGCAAGUUAUGUACACCUGCUGAUACGCUGAUCAAAUCAUAAUCUGAAGUACUGUAUGUUAUAUUCUGUUACUCAAAGAAGUAUAAGCUUUUUGUAUUCUAUAUAUAUUUUUUCUAUAAACAUGCCACAAGAUGAAAGCUUGAAGAAAGUGCAAUCCAACAGUAUUUCUAUUGUUGCAAUGUAUAAUGGCGGCAGCAGCGGUGGAGACGAUAAUGCUGUUACGAUGAUGCUGUUAGGGGUCGGCAUUUGCCACAGAAAUGCACUCUCCCUGGUGGUGUUGAUAUAGUGUGGCCUCCGAUGUUUGCGUGAACUGCCAGAGGUCCGGAAGUAUCCUGCCUCCAUUACUUGAACUGUGGCAUUGCUCUGGCUAUGAAUGUUUUUCAUGACAUGCAGCCUGCAUAGCUGAUGAGGAAAGGAAUCCAUGUUGAUCUUGGCACAUUUUUCAAGUUUGAGGACAAUAGACACUCUGUAUAGAGAUGCCAUAAAAUGUAGUUCUGACGUUGGUUUGGGGAAGGAGGUUAAUGAUGCCUCUUGAAAAAUAUUACUCUACUGGAGGACUGAGGAAACUCCUCGGGUGAAGCUAAGCAAUGUGAGAUCUUGACCUUUUUCUUGCUGAAAGACAAUAAACUAAAGAGAGUUUUGUCAA